CAUACUCUGUAUAAAUAUGUCAAAUGUGAAAUGUCAAAACUAUAUCCUAAUUUCUAAUGUUUGAAAACAAAUAAAUGAACUUCAUUAUAUCUCAAAUAGAAAAAUAAAGAACAAUAAUGGCCACGGAAGUUGCUGUUAAAAAAGUUGACAAUGCAUGUGAAACUGCAGAAGAAUUUACAAAAUUAUUUUAUAAACAACUUGAUAAUAGUAGACACCUAACCUCAAAGUUGUAUCUUGAUACUGGUUUGUUAGUAUGGAACGGAAAUGGAAUCAAUGGAAACACUAAGAUCCAGAAGUUCUUAUUAGAAUUACCACCAAGUAAUCAUUACGUAAAGACGCUAGAUGCUCAACCUGUGGCCGAAAACUUUAUGCCCAAUAAUUUGACAUACCUUAUUCAAGCCUGUGGUGAUGUCACUUAUCAGAAUGAAGAAGAAAGGAAACCAUUUCAACAAACUUUUCUAAUUGUGGCCGUCGAUGGAAAGUGGAAAAUUGCAUCGGACUGUUACAGAUUACAAGUACCCUAUAGUAAUUAGAUUAUUGAUGUAUGAACAAAAUAAAGUGAUACAAAAGA